UGGCUCGAUGCCGACCUCAAGGCCCAAGGCAACAUCAGCCUUCACCUUGCCCCCAGCGUGUACAGCGCUUUGUCAUCUCAGACGACUGCCAAGGGGAUCUGGGACUACCUUGAGACCACCUAUGGCAAGUCUGGCGUGCCAGCUAUCUACCAAGACUUCCGGGCUGCCCUUGCUCUCACCGUUCUGGCCGACUCGAACCCUGUCCCCAACCUGGACAAGUUUGAGGCGUACUUCCAUCGUCUCGAGACGAACAAGUUCAUCGUUGCCGACCAUGUCAAGGGCAUGAUGCUUAUAGCAAAGCUCUCUUCCAACAUGGGUCUAAUGAUCCAGCUCUAUAUCACUGGCUUGAAGCCUGCAACGAGCAAGACUGCAAUCAAGGCAAUCACUCUUGCUAGGAUCCACCAGCAGGUCGUACUCCAUUGGGAGCAGCAUCAAGGCCAUCAGGGCCAACUGUGCACAAGUGCGAACAAGCUCAGCGCUGUCAAGCGCAAGGGCCGGGCCCGACCCUUCCUUCCACCAGCAGCAGCAGCAGCAGCAGCAGCAGCAGCAGCAAUAGCAGUGCCCUCAAGAGCAGCAGCAACAAGGUCACCCUUGUGGGCAACGUGGUGGACGUGGUCGUCGACAGCAGCAAGGUGUGCACCAAUAUGCACACUUUGCAUUUAUUGCUGA